AACAACUCUGCUGGUUAAACGCAACGUGGAAAUUGGUUUGUGAAGAACAAGAAGAGGAACAUUUAAGAAUUAAAGUAACAACAGCACGACUGCGAAGACGAAGACGACAGUAAGGCCACCAACACACAAAUAAUCUAAAACAGAAAUGACAAAGGACCGCAGAUUAUUACUUUAAACAGAAUUUUGCAGUAGCAAAUAAAAAGUAUAAGCGAGAAGUAUGUCAAAUAAAAACUUUUGUUAAUUUUCACAAAGCCAAUAAACCAGCAAUAAAACUAAAACAAACAGACUUGACAAAUAAACCAAAACUGAAUAUCUACAGACAUUCAAGCAAAACCAUCCAUUUUCGAGCUUUUCAGUAACCACACAUAUGCGAAGCACACACACAACUACACACCAAAACAGCUGACACAUGCAAUAUUUUGUUAAUUGACUGCAAAAAAUGAAUUGUGUAAAAUUUUGUUGAGCGAAAAGUGCUCAAAGACGCUGACAAUUGAAUGAAUAUACAGAACUUUAAAAAGGGCGAAACAUGUAAUAUUAUGCUACAAAAACAAUAUAUAUACCAAAAACAAAAAAAGAACCAAGAGCAUCACAUAGCUCUGACAAUUUGCAAAAAAAAUAUUUUUUCCCAUAAAAUAUUUGAAAAUUCAGCAAAAACUUCAAAUUAAAUUUUUACAGCAGCAAAGUUCUUAAAUUUGCUCUAUAGCCACAGCAAAAAGCAUUACACGCAGAGAGCACGAGUGAAGAGUACCCGCAUUGACAUCAGGAGAAAACCAGUACAGGAAGCUACCGAACAACAACAGCAAAAAAACCAUUUCAACACGUACCAGCGAGCACUCAGGAAAGAUAUACCAACCCACAGCAAAUGAGUGAAAACCAAAUCAGCUGCAAAUAGGUAAAGCCGUGAAAAAGAGGCUCCAACAUACAACUGAUAUCUCCAGCCCCACGAAGUAGCCGCGGAACGAAGGCUUUUGAGCCAAAUAGUCGCCAUAUAGCCAAGAAAGCGCCUAACAGCUCAGUGCAAACGACAGCCGACAUCAGUAGCAGCUGGGAGAGCGUCGAGUAAGCAACGUCAGUAAAUUUGGCAAACGACAACGAAAAAGAGGAACGAGCUCGCUCAAAGUAAACGGAAAUUAUCAAAGACGAGACGUGACCACGACGCGCAGGCAAAGCUACUGUAGAACAACCGGCAAAUUGGUAAGCAAGCAAAUGAAAAGAAAAAGAAACGCAUAAGAACUUGAAGGGCUGCCCAAAGAAAAGGAAGUGACAUUUGUGAAAUAACUCCAUUUUCAUAGAUCAAAAAAACGGGUGAGGCAAGCAAAGCAAAAAGCAAAAGGAAGAAAAUUUGCCGAAUCAGCCGUUUUUGCCAUUAAAUUUGUGGUAGCAGUCAAGUAACACAGCAGAAGCCGGAAAAAAUGCAGACAAAGGUUUUACUGAACGCCACAGAAAACUGACAAGAAAAUAUACAACAUUCUCGCAGAGCCACAAAGCAGUGAGAAAAGGAAACGGCAGUGAAAUAGCAGUGAAGAAACAGAAAGCCGCAAUUAAAGAGUGCCCAAGAAACCGCAAAAGUACGUAAACCAUAAACUAAGAAAAAAUCAAGGCGAAGAUAAAAAGCACAAACGAGCCGACAAAGCGAAGCGGAAGGCGAAAAUAUUUCACAAUAAUAAGAAAAAAUCGAAUGCGCUGCAGGCGAGUAUCCGGCCUACAUGCAGAAAACGGCAACUGAGUGAACAGCAGAUAACAAAAAAUUAAAGGCAGACAAAAAAAAAAAAAAACAAGUGUGAAAAAGGCUAAAAACCACAAAUUUAACAAAAUAAAAAUUCAAGUGAUAUUUUAGUGCUGUGAAUGAGUCGAAACGGAGUUGACGAAGACGAAGCCUACAAAGCAGAAAAAGAAAAUCUGUAAAAAGCAGCUGAAGGAAACUCCCACGACCAAGAAGCCAGCGAGACAAAAGCUGAAAAUACGCAAAAUAUGCAGAGAAAAUCAAGCAAAGCCACAAAAGCUGCAAGCAAAGGCAAAUCGCUGCUGGAGUGAAAUGAAAAUUCACUAGACCAACGCAGAUUUCUACAAAGUAGUUGGAGGGCGGCGUAAAAUAGAAUUAAGCUUUUGUAGCAAUUCAGAAUCUGUGAAAACUCUACCUGGAGGCAGAAAAGGGCUGGAGAUUCGAGCAACAGCAAAGCAGCAGCUUAAAGAGGUGCAGUGAAAUUUUCUUAACCGUAAAAAUACACAAGUUCAGGGAUAUAAAUCAUUUCAUUUUUUAAAAAUUAAUAAUAACAAAUGAAUAACUCCAAAAAUAAAUAAUAAACUCUUAAACAAAAAAUUGCGCAAUUAAAAUUUAAAAAGAAAAAAUAAUCGAAAUCAGCAAUUAAAGUUGGGCGAAAAAUUGGUUAUGAAAGUUGGCGAGAAUCAAUGUGGAGCACAGCAAAAUGUAAAUUUAAUAUCUAACGAAGCGAAAUCCAAACGCAACGGUUUAGAAAUUUUUCAACAAGAAAUUCUCAAAAUUAUUAACGAAAAUAUUUACAAAGCAACUGGGUAGCCAUGCGCGAGCAAUAAGGAAAUAAUUAAUAAAAUUAAAAAGAAAUAGGAAGCAGCGUAGAACAAAUAAACAACUACUCCUUUUUUAACGCCUUUUUAAAAAAUACAAAAACCAACAAAUAACAAAGUAAUAAAAUAAUACUAAUCAAAGAAAUUUUAAUAUAAAAAUAAAAAACAACACGAAAAAGCUAAUUAGAAUAACAAAUUUGGAAGUGAAUCAGUGACGGUGACAAAGCAAAGACAAUUUCAAAUUGAACUUAGUUGUUAUUUUCAAAUUUCGUUUUUGUUAAUUAAAAUAAUAAAGCAAAAACAAAAACUACUACUAAUAGACACCACAAUUUAACUACUGUUUAAUAAUUGUUGAAAAAGCAAAAAACUACGUUUAAACAAAAAACCAAGUAUAACUUAAUAAGACUACAAAGCAACCCAGUUUUAGCAACGCACUCGAGCAAAAAUGUGCCGUAAAGUAAACGACGAUUGAAAUAGCGGAAAGUUUUGCAGAAAGCAAUCGCACAGCCGCGACGGUCGAAUGACUUAUCUGGCGUAGUAGCAUAGCAGUUUUGUGUCGUUUUGUGUUACGUUUUUCUAACUCUGUGUUUAAUUUUAAUUAAAUCAAAACAAUUUUUGUGAUUAAAGUGCAUUUCUAAGCGUAAUUUAAUGAAAAAUUAAUCUUAAUAACAUAAACUAAAACAAAUUUUAAGAAACAUUCAAAUACAAACUGAAAAAACUCCAACACAAAAUAGUAAGUUCACCAACUCAAACACACAAAGACCAGAAAAUAAAAAUAAAUAAAAAAGAAAAAUCAGCGUAAAUUUGCCAUUUUCGUUCAGACGUUUGAAGAGAAGUUUUCCACCCGCGCUCAGUCGCUGCAGUUAACUGCAGCGCCAACAUCAUUAAAAUUGGCAACACUACAACAACGCGCAACAAAAACCACAACUCAUCCACAGCAGCUACCACUUCAAGUGCAAGCGCCGCAGCAAUUGGAGCAGCAGCAGCAGCAGCUGAGGCCACCACCAACAAUCGCCAUAUCGCUCAUCGCACUAACACGCCCACAACACCCACUACGGCCAUUAAGAAUAUAUUUGCGUUUGUUAGUAGCGCUACCGCCGUCAGUGCAGCGGUCGAUAUACCGCCCAGUCCGGUCACAGAGGCAGCCGUUGAAGCGACCACCGUCAAUCAGACGCCGCGAUAUUUGGACGAAGCCAUCGCAGCUAAACGGUCACAACAGCAGCAGCAGCAACAGCACCAGGAGCAGGAGCAACGCAACAGCGAAAGGUUUAAAGGUGUUGCGGCGACACAGCAGCCAGGAACGCUCGCAGCGGCAGCGCAUACGCGUAGUGGGCAACGGUCAACAGUUACUAAACGGCAGCCGCAGGCUAAAGACGCGUCUGAAAGUGAAGUCGAAAACAAAGUGGAAGCAGAAAGGCGACUUAGAGGUCGAGAAUACGGCGGUGCCAACAGUGACGUUGACGACGACAGCGAGACUGAAAUCGAUAUUGAAGUUGAGCAAGAAGUCGAACGUGAAGGAGCAGAACUGACGCUGGCAGCGGCAGAGGGUCGGGGUGAGGGUAGCGACGUGUGCGGCGAUUUCGAAGCACAAUUCGAACUGGAGGCCGAAGUGGACCGUCACGCCAACGAUUUGAUCCACAUCGAUCAAGUCUUCGAGGAGUUGCGACAGAAAAUGGAAGUGCUCUCAGUACAAAAUCAAUAUCAGGGACAAUUCGGUGUCAUCGGUACAAGCAAAGUUAAAGACUGGACGAGUCCGUUAACGCCACCACCACCACCACCAUCAUCAUCAUCACAACUGCUAUCAACAAGCCACAGCAUCACCAGUGACAACGUUGCGCACAAUCAACGCAACGGCAACGGCAACAACAACAGAAACGUUAACAACUACCAAGUAAAACAGGACGAGGAGCAGCUCCUAGAGCUGUACACCGAGGACGCAGUAGAGGGUGGGGACGUUGUUGACGGCGGAAAUUGGUCAGCGCCACUAAAACAAGCAGAACAACACUACAAUCAUCAUAAUUAUCAGCACGAGCAGCGACAGCAACACUUUUAUUACAACAAUCACCACUACGGUGGCACCCACCACACUAACAACUACCACCAUCAUAAUCAACCACACACCAACAAUUACCACCACUAUCAGAAACACCAAAAACAACAGCAACAAUACUACAACCACCAACAAUACACCACUGGGCAACAAAAACAAGCAAAGCAACAGAAAUCGCAAAAACCCAACAACGCAACAACAAAAGAAGAGAACACCAAAGGCGCCUUCAACGACAACAUGUUCUACUAUGAGCCACCAGUGACUGCGGCCAUUACACCAGUGGGCACACCAACAUCGGGCAGCUGCUUCGGUAGCGCCACCACUGAUGUGGACAUCGCCGCCGUCAAUGAGCUGGCACAGCGGGUGCAGACGGAGUUGCGGGAUGCCAAGAAGCGUCAUUUGGACUGCACUGAAGUCUCAUUGCCAUUUAAUCUCAUGCCGCGCAUUGCGGCCGAAAUAAUCAAGGCUUCGGAGCGGGAACCGUGUGGCGUGCGUGGCUGUUCGCUGUACAUCGAUUUCGAGUGUGAGCCGAGCAAUGUGAGACGCAUUGCCUCGUUCAAAGUGGAUGACUCCACCGUCUCCACCUUCGAGUUGUAUCUCAUGCUAAAGCAGGACAAGAGCGGCUGGACCUCUUUGUUGCCACAAUUUAUCAAAAAUCUUACACGCAGCAACACCAUUUUGGUGAGCCCCGAUUUCACGCUGACCAAAAACAAGCUUUACUCCUGCGAUUAAUGCGCUUAAGCGAAUUCCCGCUGAAUGGUUGCGAGAAGAGAGAUUUUUUUUAUUAUAUGUAUACAUACCAACCCAGAGAUCUCAUUUAUUCUCCUUCACACAACCACAAACAAAGCAUAACAAAUACAAAGUAAUGAACGAAACGAAAGGACCUUAAACGAAGGGCAUCAGAAUUUGGUCAAUUGCGUAUUAGCUGUAUGGAAUAGACCACUUAUACGCUAUUCAAUUUUUUUAUUAAUCAAAUGGGCGUGGCUUUAACUACAACUACAAAAGAAAACUUCAAACAAUUACUACAACAAAACCAGGAACAACGCAUAACGAGAAUACUUUACUUUCUCAACAAUCCCUCCGAAUUUCAUUAUUUUUACUGGACACCAGAAACAAACAGUCGAAAGAGGCAAUAAAAAUAACGAGUUGAAGGUAGGAAAAGGAUGUGAGGUUAGAAAUAAUUGAAACCGCUAAGGAAGGCGCUGGAGAUUUCGGAUUAAACAAAUGCAACAACCCCCAAAAAAUCAAAAAAGCAAAUAAACUUGGAUCACACUUUUUCUGUUCGCUAAAUUUCUAGAGAAGUCGAAAGCAAGUUUCGGAAUAUGGCGCAUACAUAAAUACAUGAAACAAAAAAGCGACAAUUACAAUUCAAUUCGUAUCAACUACAACUACAAUAGCAGCAACCACAACUCAAUAACAUUUGCAGGCAAAAAAGAUAAACACAGGAAUACCAACGGCAACAAAUGAACCAACAGUUACCGGCUAAAUAAUUUGGACCGAAAACUUAUGAAACUAACAAAGGGGUAAGAGUUAUGCAAUUAAGGUGCAGAGAAAUUGUAUGUAACGACAAAGCAGUGCGAUUUUGCGUACCAACGGUGCGCGAUCGUUGAGAACUAAGAAGCAAAAGCAGUAAAAUAAGUGACUACUAUUUUGGGAAUACUGCAUUCGUUAGAAGAAGAAGAAGAAAAAGAAGGGAUAAGAUAUAUGUAAUUUAUAAAAUUAAUAACAAAAACAAACAAAGAAACAUUAAAUCGGACGCCAACGCUAACGUCCAACACUGUAUUUAUGGUAGUAUUACGUAAAUAACAAACCAACAAACAUACAAACAAGCAAACAAGCAAGAAAAGCUCUUUAACUUAUUUCCUUUUUCUAUGCAAUGAGAAAUUUAAUGCCGAUUUUUUCAUAAACCUACAAAACAAAACAAAAUGAGAACAGUUUUGAAAAAAUCAAGUAAGCAAAUAAGAAACUCUUAAAACUUUAAGAUAAGCGAUGCAAAACGCAAAAACAAACAAAGUCGAUGUGAUAUUAAUUAAUGAUAACUAAUUGAUAGUAAGAGAGAAACAAAUUAAUAUUAAAUUAAAAUUUAAAAAACAAAAUAUUGGUAAAACACGAA